AGUCUAGGCCUACUAGUAUCAAGUUCGUUGCUAUAAGACUUCCAUAUUCUUUCGGAUAGAACGAACUAUCAAGAAGUGACAGUCUUGUAUCAACACGAGCAUCAAGCUUUCUCCCUCGAAUUUUCAAUGCAUCACGCAGCAGUCUUCAGUGUGGGACCAAGAGCUCCCCUCGAGCUUCGUCAAGUCCCAACUCCUACACCAGUUGGUGACCAAGUGCGUGUACUGAAUGAGUGGACCUCGACCCAGCCAUUCGACCUCCACAAAGCAGAUGGUGCCCUGGCACAAUACCCGGACAUCAUGGGAGAUGGUAGUGUCGGCAUCGUCGUGGAAGUUGGUGACCAGGUAAAGAGGCUUCAGGUUGGAGAUAAGGUCUUUGGAUACAUGUGGAAGACAUCGCAGGAGCGAGGCCAUCAGACUUAUGCUAUCACCCAGGAACGCUUUCUUGCCAAGAUCCCUUCCAACAUCUCCAUGCCCGAGGCUGCGACUGUCCCGACCAACUUUGUCACUGUCUUCCACACCGUAAUUCCCGCCCUCGGAUUACCCCUACCUUGGCCUAAACCGGACUCCUACAUUCCCACCUCUACUGAUGAUGCCAUCCUGAUCUGGGGUGGCUCGAGUAGCGUGGGUCAGUAUGCACUACAAAUCCUCUCAUACUACGGCUACAAUAACCUAAUCGCUGUCGGAUCUGCUCGACACCACGCACACCUCAAAACUCUCGGUGCGUCUAAAACGUACGACUACAGCGACUCAAACAUCGUAUCCCAGCUACAACGAGACAUUGGCAACAUUCCCUACUUCUUCGACUGCAUCGGCUCAGUGUCCUCAUCCAUCUUACCAAUCGCACAAUUAGCAAACAACGGCAACCACGUCGCUAUCUUGCUUCCACUUAUCUUCUCGCCACCAACACCGACUGCUGCUCCAAAGUACGGAUAUGAUGUGACUGCUGUUGCCGAUUGGGCAUCUGGCGUUCGAGUCACUGGCGUCCGUACGCAUGCAUACGAGGAUAAUGAACAACUUGCUCGUCUGCUACAACCGGAAAUUAUGCCAGCGCUUCUCCAAGCUGGUGUUGUUCGUCCAAACAGAUAUCGCGUUAUUGAAGGCAAGGAUGUACUGGAACGAGCGCAGAACGCCUUGACGGCACUCAGGGAAGGUGUUAGUGGUGAAAAGCUGGUUUGGAAAGUCGCGGAUGUAUAAUUUGCUAUCCACCUGAACUGACACACCCGGGCACGGAUGACGUUCCGAACCAGCCAUCGUAAGAUGUUUUUGAUGCUCGGGUAGCUGUCUAUCUUCUUCGGACUCUCUGCGGACAGU